AUGGCUGGGUCCAAGAUCCUGAUCACCGGCGCCACAGGUUAUAUCGGAGGAUCUAUCCUCACGACCAUUUUGAACUCGGACGACCCUGGCCUCAAGUCCGCCACCGUCUCGGCCCUCGUGCGUAAAUCAACCCAGGCCGAUCUUCUCCGCAUUAAAGGGGUCGAGCCUAUCUUAUUUUCCGGGCUCGAUGAUGUGGAGCUGCUGGCCAAGGUUGCCUCGGAGAAUGACAUUGUCAUCAACACCGCCAGCGCCUUCCACGCCCGGGCCGCUGCUGCCUUGAUUGAGGGUCUCGCGCGGCGCAAGAGAGAGACAGGAAAGGAGGUUCACCUCGUCCAUACAUCUGAUAAGGAUGACGACAUCUAUAACUACCUGCGCGCGCGGGAGGACCGCGAGCCGUACGCUCAGCGCACCACCGAUCUUGUGGUGCUAGAAAAGGGCGCCGAGGCCUCCGUACGCACCUAUAUACUCAUGUCUCCCACCAUCUACGCCGUUGGACACGGCUUCUUCAAUCGCACCAGCAUCCAGAUCGACACCCUCAUCCGGGCCGCCUACCGCCAGGGGUUCACUUCGGUCAUCGGUGCGGGUGAGGCUGAGUGGGAUCAUGUGCACAUCGCCGACCUCGAGAACCUGUACCACGCUGUACUCCGCCGCAUCGUAGCCGGCCAAGACCUGGCCCAUGGGCAAAGGGAGGGCAUCUACUUCACGGGGACGGGCCACCACACCUGGCGCGAGGUCUCGGAGAGAGUGGCGCGGGCGGGCAAGGAGCUCGGGUACCUCGAUACGAACGAGGUUCGCGAGGCGUCGCUACAGGUAGCGGCGCACGAGGUCACGGGCAACAGCAAUACGCAGUGGACGGAGCUGGGCUUCGCGUCAAGGUCUCGAACGCUAGCCCCGCGCAGCCGCGGGAUCGGAUGGGAGCCGACGAGGACGAGGGAGGACUUUGAGAGGAGUUUUGUGCAGGAGUGGAGAGAGCUGAUUCCGGGGCUGAAGAAGAAUACUGUUUAG